UGACGUCAUCGUGAUAUUAAAAGGCAAAUAAACUCGAUUUUAUUCUACAAACAAUAAUGAGCAAAAGAAAAUGUAUUUAGUCUUAAUAAAUUAUAGUUUUAUGUGUCACUUUAAGAUAGCUGGUUAAAUUGUAGUGGUUAACAGUUAUUCAAGUGCCGAAACUUACUAUAUCCUGUACUCUACAUGAGUGUUGAUGUCGAGGAAGCUAACGAAACGCAACAACUGAUGCAGAAUGAGGGUGAGGAAGACGAGGCGAAGAUCACGCAGUCCGCGACGUCGCCUGUGACCAGCAACAAGAUGUCCAGCGGCGCCGCCAGCCUCACCUCUCGGACCCCGGGGCAGGCGUUCGCAAGCACGGGGAACAGUAUCAAUGGUUCAACUAAGGUAUCCAUUGUGAACGAGAGGCGACUCCAUCGGGACCUGAUGCGCUCCAACUAUAGUAACAGGCCCAAACACAUUCCCAAAGAAGCGCCAGAUGUAAAACAUAUGGAAAAAGCACUUCUUGGAUUGCUAGAUGAUUUUCACUCAGGGAAACUGAGCGCAUUCAGUGCUGGCUGUAGCAUGGAGCAGAUGAUCAACAUCAGAGACCAGCAGGAGCACCUGGCACGGCUACACUUCCGCCUCUGCGCCGAUGUAGAGAAGCCAACAGAAGACAGUUUUGACAAAUCUACCUCCAGAUUUAAGAUGACACAAUUAGUUCAAAGUUUAGAACAGCUCUCGGCAUCCAUUGAACACUUGCAUUCAGACGGUAAUUUUAGUGCAACUAGCAGCAAUAAAUAAAUAAAUGUUAGUCCUACAUUGCAAACAGGUGUAAUGUGAAUGUGGUAGCAAGUUAAUCAUAUUAAAUUUACUGCUAUGAUCCUGCACAUGUGUUGCUUCCCCACGCUAGCGUUUUUUUAACGUCAGCAUCUAGUCAGCGCCUAGGAAAAUAUUGACACUGUGCAGAUAUGCCAACAUUGCGUUGAGCAGCAGCCAUAGAGUUGACUAGACAUUGAUGCCAGUAUGGGCUGUCUCUUAACCUAUUCAGCCCUAAUCAUGACACAUUGUCAUCUACAAAGUAUAUCCACUACAUACCAGGAAACCCAUGUUAUUGGCUACAACUGUAGUAGCGGUGAAUGUGUUAAAUGAACUUGUGAAUUAUAAAGCGCUGAUCUUUAUAAUGUUAUUUAUGUAAAUUGUGGUUAUUCAAUAUGUAUUGUAAUCACCAAGACUAUUGAAACUAGCUUUUAGAAUUACGUUAUCAGUAAAUUCGGACAAUAGAAGCAGUAGAUAAUUAGAAUUUGUAUCUUGAAUCGACAAUAUUAUAUUAAGUAGGUACAAUCUCUUUCAUUCUAAUCUUCUCACAUUUAGAAAGAAGUUUGCAGUACAUAUGGUGCUACUUUCCCGCGCGCGCUGGAUUAGGCAGGUCCACACAGAGCAAGAAUACGCACGAGGCAAAUUCCUCACGCCCAAACCAGCCAGUGUAGACGUGCCUCAAGCGCGCGUCGCCUAAUGAGCACUUUCCGUGCAUAUGUCGAAACUUUAAAGAGCCAUAUGGACUGUAAAACAUUGUAUCAUACACAUGUAUCGAACACUUUUUGGCAACUUUGAGAGCAAAUUGUUAAAUUACACAAAAGAUGACUUUUGUAUUAUUUUUAUAGGAGAAGAGAACUUCAAAAAAUCACAAUAUUAUGACAAUUUAGUUUUAUAUAUAAGACAUAUGAGAUCCACAUUAUCGCAUACAAAUGUUAUUUUAUGUUGUCCAACCUAUAAUAUUGGCUACUUUAAUAAUAUGUUUAACUGGAGGGUUGAAUUCUUUAACCACCUAUGACACGCAGAUAAUUCAAAUUAUGAAUAUGUUUAUUUAUUGGACAGUAACCGAAACCUGGCAUAUGAUCAUGAGAUGUUUCACUUAAAUUCAGGUCGUAUUAAUAAAUAUGGUUUAAAUGUAAUUUUUAGAGACUUACAGACAUUAAUUGAAUUAGUUCAGACUGACUGAAUAAGAGUCUAAUUGGACAUUCAUACCGCAACAGCACACAAGACUCAGAGUUUUUUCGUGACUAUUACUAAUACACGUAAUGAAUCAAAUGGUUCCAACGAGCUGACAGUAAUGCACCAAAAUAUAGGGGGACUAAUAAACAAGCUUGACCAGAUUCAAAUUGCAUUACACGAUUUCUACUCAAAAAGCCAGGAGAUUGAUAUAAUCUGUCUCAGUGAAACUUUCUUAAAAAAAGGUUCAGAACAAAAUGUCAAAAUUGAAAAUUUCAAACAUGGAGCAUUUUAUAGUAGAAACGCCUGUAGGGGUGGCACAGCUAUUCUCGUAAAUAAAAAUUUACAGGUCAAACAAAUAGAUUUUCAGUCGAAAUUAGCCACAGAUUAUUAUUUUGAGUGUUGUGGAAUCGAAAUUAUUGGAUUGGAUGUAGUAAUCAUUGUUAUUUAUAGAAUUCCAGUACAAACGAAAUCUCAUGUUGGGAUCUUUAUGCACAAGCUCGAUAUAUUGCUAUUCCAAUUACGGAGACUGGAAUAUUGAUGUUAUAAAAGAUAGUCAGUUUGCAAAGGAUUUAAAAAGUACACUGGAAAAUUAUAAUUUUACAAUGCACAUAAAUUCCCUCACCAGGAUAAAUACAUGCAUUGAUCAAAUAGCCAGUAACGUAGCUAAAGUUAAAGCUUAUACACAUCAGCUAUGCUUAUGGCUCAGACAAUUGCUUUUAGUGUCCAACGAAAAAAUAAAUGUCUGACUUGGUUUGCUUACAAAAGAGAUUUUAAUAAAGGUAAUAUUGCCAAAUUUA